AUGGCCGCGUCAGCAGAUUCAACCGUGAUUGAUGUGGACGUACUUAUCAUAGGCGGCGGAGGUUGUGGCUUGACCCUCUCGAGUCUCCUUUCUGAACAAGGCGUGGACCAUAUUGUCUUCGAGCGACAUGCGGGAACAUCGAAGCUACCAAAAGCGCAUUACUUGAACCAGAGGUCCAUGGAGAUCCUUCGCCAAUAUGGAAUGUCCGAACCGGUUAUCGAGAAGUCCGGCACGAUGCGGUUUAUUAGUCAGGUCCAAUGGUCCUCUUCGCUCGGUGGCGACGGACCCUACGACCGCAAGAUUCUCGGGACCGUCGACGCGUUUGGUGGUGGUGAGGAUAGUGAUCAAGCAAUCAUGAGAGAUAGCCCAUUGCGAUCCCAUAACUUGCCCCAGAUCCGCCUCGAACCAGUCCUCCGCGAGAUGGCCGAGAAACGCAACCCGGGACGCGUUCUCUUCAACCACAAUGUCACUUCCUUUGAAGCCACCGAGGAUUAUAUACUAGUCAACGUCCUGAGCGAUGAGAAAAAGGAACUCCGGUAUCGCGCAAAAUACCUUGUCGGUGCCGACGGUGGUAAAACUGUAGGCCCUCAUAUCGGCGUUGAAAUGCAGGGUCCUACUGGAAUUGUCGAUAUAGUUUCGACGCACUUCAAGGCGGACCUCUCGCCAUACUGGGACGAUCGAAACUUCAUCGCCCAUUUCUCCAACCCUGGAGGUGGCUCCAUGCUGGGCAGCGGAUCGCUUGUUCCCAUGGGACCGACCUGGGGACGAUUCUCUGAGGAAUGGACCCUGCACUUUGGCUUUGAUCUCAACGAUGAGUCGCGCUGGGACGAAGCCAGGCUGAUGCCGAGAAUCAGAGAGCUGUUGAAGCUCCCUGACCUUCAGAUGGAAGUUCUAAACAUCAACCACUGGGUUUUGGAGCGCGUUUUGGCUUCCAAAUACCAACAGGGCCGGAUCUUUAUUGCAGGCGAUGCCGCGCAUCGUCACCCGCCCACUACUGGUCUGGGAUUGAAUACGGCCAUUGGAGAUGCGCACAACCUUGCCUGGAAACUCGCUCUCGUGCUUAAAGGACAGGCGCAUCCGCGGCUCCUGGAUACGUAUGAGGUGGAAAGACGGCCCAUUGGAAAGCGCAAUUGCGACUGGGGUUUGAUGACGUUCAUGAAUACCGCCGUUCUCAAUGCAGCAAUCGGCCUGAUUCCCGGCCAGCCUGAAAUGAACCAAGCUCGGUUUGAAGCUCUCUUUGAAGAGUCGGAUGUUGGCGCGACCCUACGAGCCACGGUCCAAGACGCUAUCAGAAGCCAGAAGAUUGAAUUCAGCGCCCAUGACCUCGAACUCGGAUACAGCUACAAUGACGGUGCUUUAUUGUCGGAUGGCACACCAAGGCCGACCCCUGACCCGCUGGGACAGGUUUACACGCCUACGACGCGUCCUGGGCAUCGUCUUCCCCACGCCUGGCUUCGAGCCAACGAUGACAAGAACCACAAACUGAUCUCCACUCAUGACCUCGUCGGUAAAGGCGCUGAUUUUCUGCUUUUGACGGAUUCCAAGGGCAGCGCUUGGGGUAGCGCCGCUGAACAAGUAUCGCAACGUUUUGGUGUGAAUGUCAAAAUCGCGAGAGUCGAUACCCAACCGAUCCACGGCAAAGAUAUCAUGUACAUCGACCACAAUUCCACGUGGGCUUCACUGAAUCAACUUCAGCCAGGUGGCGCGAUUCUAGUGAGACCAGACAAUAUGGUUGCCUGGAGAUCCAGUCGUCCAAGCGACGACGGAACUCGUGACCUCACGACAGCGAUGGGGGCCAUCCUGAAGGAUGUCGAGGAGUGCGGCGAUGGGCAGCACAAGAAUGGUCUAGAUGUGAAGAGUACCCAAUUUCACAUCGUGAGGGGAAACAUCAAGUUCUAGUUUAGAGCCACAUUUCUGGCUCAGCCAACGUGGGCAACGGAGGAUAAGCGAAACAGGACGCUCUGGCUCAGUGACGAUGUUGGAUGUUAG